AUGUCUUCUGAAAGUAAUGGUACCGUUAUCCCUGCUGCUGCUUCUCCUGCUUCUCCAACCUUCACCUUAAAGACUUGGUCUCAUUUGAAGAGUUACCAGGCUUUACAACAACUUUACGUGUUUAUCACGUCCCUCUCCAUUGUCACCUAUUUGUCUGCUCAAUUGUCACUGGUAUUUAAUCAAGUGGUAUCUUCCAAAUACUACAAGAGUAUUGCGACUAAGUUACCUCCUGUUCCAACUACUGUUGUUACCAUUGCUAAUGGAGCAGAUGAAAUUUUUGAUUCGUUGUUGAUAACUUUUGAUGGUUUGGUGGCUAAAUUAUUGCCUUAUACCCCAACUGCUCUCUACUCAAAGUUAAUUGCAUACAUUGCAACUAACUUUGUGGCUCCAGCUAACACUUUUUUGGCUAAGAAUGCCGAUGCCGUUAUUGGAGGUACCACACUCUCCACUUCUGCUGAAUGUAAGGAACAUCCCGAUGCUUUGGCUACUCUGGUUUAUAUCUUGGCCACCUUGGCAAAGACCUUGAGACUGACUCUCUGGAGUACUUCUACUACUUUGUCCACUCAAGUUCACGAAACUUAUACCAGUGAACGUGAGAAUGUCACUGAAGGAUCUCUUAUCCAAAAGAACAUUACUGCCUCUUACAAUACUGCCAACAUUUUGGCUAAGGACUUGAACUCAAAAUUUAUUCAACCAUCUUUGGAACAAACAAAAGGUUUGGUCACUGGAGUAGCCAGCUCUACCAAGCAAAAGGCCGAUACCUUAAUUCAAGAUGCUAAAUCCACCUUAGUCAACAAUGAUUUUGUUGUGAAGGUUACCUCUGUCGCUGGUUCGGCAGUAGAUACAAUUGCUAAGACCACCAAACCUGCUACAGAUGCUGUUUCAGAAGUUGCUGGUGUUGUUGGUGAAGCCACUAAGCCUGUUGUUGCUGAAGUUAUUUCUCCCGUAAUGGAACAAAAACCUCCUUUGUUUACUGCUUCUGCCUAA